AUGCCUACCAAACUGUACUUCAUGGUCGGGAAACUGUUCGCUUACCUUGUGCGACUGAAGCGCUUGACCCGAACUCACCACAAUAUUACCAAGAUCUUAUUUCAUGGUCUGCAAUUGGUGCACGUACAACGGAAAGCCAAACGCAUCGUGAAAUGUCUUCUGGUCUUUCUUCACCUUUUCUUGGGUUUAAAUAACGAAGGCCAAGUUUCAGUGAUUCGUACCAGCGGUAACCCUUAUGCACACGUUGUAUUACGUGGUGGUAAUGGUAAGCCGAACUAUGAUGCGGGCUCUGUUGCUGAAGCGGAAAAUGCGUUAGCAAAAGCCAAAGUCAGCAAUAAAAUCAUGAUUGAUACCAGUCAUGCCAACUCAAAUAAAGAUCCGUAUUUACAACCGCUUGUGUUGAAAAAUAUCACUGAACAGAUCUUAGAUGGCAAUAAAUCUAUUGUCGGCAUUAUGGUUGAAAGCCAUAUCAAAGGUGGACGCCAAGAUAUUCCUGAAAAUCUGGCUGAUUUAGAAUAUGGUAAAUCCGUGACUGAUGGUUGUAUCGAUUGGGAAACCACUGAAAAAGCGCUUCUGGAAAUGGAUGCAGCUUUAAAAGAAAUUUUACCAAAUCGUUAA